GUGCCUUUAAAUUGCCUUUAAAUAUUUGGUGAACAAAAUGCCGUCUCAGUCCUCGAGACUGUCAUACUUGGCGACAACCCCUGGGACUACCUUCGGGAGGGAUCAGAUUUGGCUCAAUCGAGACUAUGGGUCCGAAAAGGUAUGGGUCCUCAACCCCAUGCAUAUCGUGUCAUUGAGUUCCGAAACGAAGUCCAAGUUUGUCAAAGUUAUCGAAAGCUUCAAACAGUUCAGUGAAAAAUGGUUUUCACACGUCUUGUUGUUAAUAUUUCUCAUACUUUACGGCUUUCUCGGCGCCUAUGUCUUUGUGACCCUCGAGGGACCCAACGAAAGCAAUAUUAAGACAUCAGUGAGUAAUAUGAGAGAGAAUAUUAUCCGUGAGUUGUGGUGGAGUUCCCAGAAGUUCACAAAGGGAUGGUGGGAUAAGUUGGCCAAAAUACGGAUGAAGGAGUUUGAACGACAACUACAUGAGGCCUGUAUUGCCGAUCAAACCACAGACUCCGAGAAAAUGCAGGCAACAAAUUAUCUCUUUUUGUCGCAUUUCUCAAUCGACAACUUUGACACCAAGACCCGGAUUCGAAAUAUAUAA